AUGGACUGCUGCGCCCCGGGCUUGCUCCAGGAGGGUGGAAAAGGGACGCGCGACACCACCCCCGGGCGGCCAGAGACCCGACGGCGGGCUCCGGGCAGGGACUCACCGCGGAGCCGCCGCCUCGCCAGCUCCCCGGCGCGAGUUGGCGGAAAAGUUGGGCGGCAGGAGGAGCGGCGGGACGAGCGCGGGGAGGGGGCGCAGAAGCCCGCCCCGGAUCUGCGGGCUCCGCGGCUCUUACCUCACUCGGCGCUGCGGUUCCGCCUCUGGAGAGUCCGCCGUGGCGUGUGCGGGCGGGCGGGCGCCCGCGUCCCCAGCUCCGGCCCGCCGCCCCCGGGCUCCGCUGGGGUCCUGGCGGGGCCGCGAGAGCCCCGCGGCCGGCACUCGACUCCCGGUGGCGCUCGGUGCUCAGCGCCUCCAGCCCGGGCGGGAACAAUGGAGCCGAAGCUGGUGCCCCGGAGGCGGGGCGGGGGGGGGGAGGGCUCCCGUCCGCCGCCCGGGGUCUCCAGACCCUGUGGCCCCCCUCUCCGGAACCGGGCGGCGGCGCCUCACGCUUCUCGCAGACCCGGCUCCAUCGCCCUGCGGGGACCCCGGCGCCACGGCGCGCCGGACUGCAGCACUAGGACGGUGCGCCCUGCGGGGCGCCCCUCGGACCGGCGAAAAGUCCUCGGUCUCCGCGGCUUUUCCAGCUGCGGCGCGCGCUCGCUGCCGGGGAAGGUGAGGUCGCCGCAAUGCGCUAAGCGGAGUCUGGGUCCAGUCGGGACGUUGCCGCCCAGCUGCCCGCACAGCCCGGGCUCCUCCGCGCGCUGAGGCUGGACCAGAGUUCGGGCUCCGGCUCGCCGCCGCCCGCUGCCCCGGCCGCCCCACCAGUGCCCGCAGG